AUGCAGUCCCGGCACAACCUUUGCGAGACGGACUCAAUUCUUUUUGGCGCCGCGCUGGCAGUCUGCCGUAUCAUAGGCGCCAAGGUUUCCACGGCUGGACGCGCUACUGGUCAUAGUAGCGCUAUCCCAGCAUGGAGAAGAAGAAUUGAGGAACGUAUCGCAAAGGCUAGAGCUCUCAUCGGCAGACUGAUAUGCUUCAGAUCAGGCAACAACAGGCCAAGAAUUGUGCGCACCGUCAGGAUGGCGUUUGCUGGGACAAAUGUCGGUUUGUCCCAGCCGGAUAUAACGCAAAAACUGACGGAGCGCAUAGAUGAUCUGAAGCAGAGAAUCGCUGCUUGGGGAAAGCGGAUUCAGCGAUAUACCGAGAGGUCGACACGGUUCAACCAGAAUCAUCUCUUCCAGAGUGAUUAG